AUGGCGGGGGAUAUUGUGGUGGGGAUUCUCUAUAACUUAGUAUUACCUCUUCUUCUGCUUGCAGCGUCAUCAUUCCGGUACAAUGGUCUGUCUGUGGUGUAUUUCCUUUUCUUUCUCACCCUUCCCUUGCUGCCAAACCCCUCUCUCACCACCAUGCAAGGAAAAACAGGGAAGUUCCUGCUGCUCAUCUGUUCUACCAGCGUGACGUUUCUGGCUCUCCAGUGUUUCAUGCAGAUCACUUUUGCCUACGUACCUCAGAAUGAGAACGAAUAUUGGGAAAAUGUUCUCUACCAUUUGGGCAUUGUACGGUUCAGUUUGGUGGAUGCAGGGAACACUUUGCGUCUCUUAGCCCCUGAUCUGGGGCUCUUCCUGUCUGGGCUCUUCAUACUCUGCCUGGUCAGGAAGCUGCUGUGCCCCACGCCACAUCUUAAUGUCCACGAGAACUGCAUCAAACCCUCUGACCCUGAGCAGGAUGUGGAGAUGUCCGACUCAGAGUCUGAAGUCGAAAGUGAUGUCACAGAUGGCUCGUCCUGUGACAGCUCAGAUGAAAUCACAGCGGCGCCGCUAACCCCUCCUCAGUUUGUCCAGAAGUUCAUUGCAUUUGCCCUUGGACUGCGCCUCUUGCUGUCCGCCAUCAUGAACACAGCAGGGAAAGUAGUGGUCACCAUACUACUGGGGCUGGCAGGCAUCGCCCUACCCUCCCUGACUUCGGCAGUGUAUUUCGGGACAUUUCUGGGCUUGGUGUGGUGGUGGGUGUGUCUUCGCUCCCUCAGCCUGCUGUUUUUCAGUACCCUCUGCGUGAUGAUGGCUAUAUUCAGCGCUGGUCACCUGCUGUGCCUCUACCUGUACCAGCUUCCCCUGGUCCAACAGAUCAUACCCCCACAGGACAUCUACGCCAGGCUGUUUGGUAUGACAGCGUUCAUCCGGACCAAUGAGACUGAGCCAUACAGUCUGGGUCUGCAGGCAGAUGUCAGCUGGCCUAUCUUCAUCAACCCCAUGGUGCUGCUGCUCCUCUAUUACACAAUGGUGGCUUUGCUGCACAAGUGGGUCUACAUCCCUGAAGAAGAGGAUACUCUGGUGAAGUCUGAGAGUCCAGUAGAAAUCCCUGAGGAUCCCCCCAGCUUCUCCAAGAUCUUAUUCAUCUCAGGAGACAGAUUGGAGCUACUGACCAGUACGGAUGAGGAAACUUACAUGCCAGAUGAGGAGGUGCAGGAGCCAAUGGUCUUACUGAUGAGCAGCUCAUGGCAUGAUCUGAGAGGUCAGGAGAUGGGGAUACUGCAGGAAGGGCCAGGGGCAGGGUAUGCAAACUGCUACCCUCCACCACAAUAUGAAGGAAUAGACUUGUCACCCUCACAAGAGUCAGAAGAGGUUGAAGAGAAGGAGAGGAGGAGUGAGGUGUCUAUGAAGGAGGGAUGGAGUGAGGUGUCUAUGAGGCAGGAGAGGAGUGAGGUGUCUAUGAGGGAGGGGAGGAGUGAGGUGUCUUCGAGGGACGGGAGGAGUGAGGUGUCUAUGAGGGAGGGGGGGAGUGAGGUGUCUAUGAGGGCGGGGGGGAGUGGGGUGUCUAUGAGGGAGGGGAGGAGUGAGGUGUCUAUGAGGGAGGGGAGGAGUGAGGUGUCUAUGAGGGAGGGGAGGAGUGAGGUGUCUACGAGGGAGGGGAGGAGUGAGGUGUCUUCGAGGGACGGGAGGAGUGAGGUGUCUAUGAGGGCGGGGGGGAGUGGGGUGUCUAUGAGGGAGGGGAGGAGUGAGGUGUCUAUGAGGGAGGGGAUGAGUGAUGUGUCUAUGAGCGAGGAAGAGAAUGGCCCCAGUGGACUGGCUGUGCUUGGCCUGUUCAUCAUGAAGCACAGCUACAUCAGCGCACUCAUCAUCAUGAUGGUGUGGAGCAUCACCUAUAACAGCUGGCUGACGUUCGCCCUGCUGGUGUGGUCGUGUGUGAUCUGGAUGAUGCGUGACCGUCGGCGCUACGCCAUGAUGAGCGCUCCCUUCCUGGCGGUGUACGGCACCUUGCUGUUGCUGCUCGCCUUCCUGAGCGGCCUGAGGCUGCGGCGGGAUGAGCUGUACCCUGGCCUGCCACAUGCCAUGCUGGUGGACUUUGACAUGGCCAUCUACCCAGCACCCUGCAUCCACCUGGGAGGCAAGGUGUUGUACACCUUCAGCUUUUGGCUGCUGUUCCGGCAACAACAGAAGGAGAAACAGGAAGAGCAGGAUCUCAAGGAGUCUGAGGAGUCUCUGGAAGAAGUGAAAGUACUCCCACCGGAUGAAGGUGAAACCUCUCCCAUAAUGGAGAUGCUGGGUUCAGCGGUCAAAGGAAACCUGGUGAAGUACUGGAUCCUGUUCUGCUGCUCCAUGUUCUUUGUGGUCAGCUUCUCCGGGAAGGUGAUGGUCUACAAGAUCCUCUACAUCGUGCUGUUCCUCUUCUGUGUCGUCCUCUACCAGAUCCGUUGUGACGUGUGGAGGCGAGUGCUGAAGUACUUCUGGGCGGUGGUGGUGGGCUACUCCAUGGUGGUCCUGAUUGCCAUCUACAUGUACCAAUUCAAGACCGUCUCUGGCCUGUUCAGACAGAUCAUGGGCAUGUCUGAGGAAGGUCUGCGUGAUCUCGGGUUGGAGCAAUAUGAUACUGUGGAGCUGUUUGCUCGGAUCCUCCUCCCUGCAGCCUUCCUAUUGGCCUGCAUCCUGCAGCUACACUACUUCAACCAGGACUUCCUGGAUCUCACCAACCUGGACAACGUACCUGUCCACCACGGACCAACCAGAGAGGAGGAGCUGAGGAACUCUGUCAAUGUGAUAGCUGACAUAAUGAAAGAAAACGUUGAAAAGUUACAGAAACGGAUGGCGAAGGAGCAGAGCGAGCAGACGAGUGGGGAGUCGGAACGUGUGGGGAGUCAGGACACGUUGGAGAAUGAUGGACUGUCUGCCUCAUCAGAGAAACCCGAGGAGGAGCAGGGGGAAACAAUUCCCCCAGAGGAGCGUCUGACCCAGUGGGGGUUGAUUGUGGACAGGGCCAGCCUACUGCUGUUCCAGGCUCUGGCUCUCUUCCAGCGGGCUCAGGAGAUGGGCUGGAGGCUGCUGGAGGUUCACAGCCUCAAGAUUGUUUCCACUGGCAUCAUCUGGGUGUCCCUACAAGAGGUGUCCCUAAUGAACUUCAUGUUCCUGGUUCUGUGGACCUUCGCCCUGCCCUUCCCCCGGCUCCGCCCCAUCGCCUCCAGUGUGUCCUCAGUCUGGGCCUGUGUCAUGGUGGUGUGUAAGAUGCUGUACCAGCUCAAGGUCAUCAAACCUCUGGAGUACUCCUCCAACUGCACCGCUAGCCUGGUGUCAGCUAACGGGACAGGGCUGGAGGGGAACAUGGCAGAGCUGCUGAGGAGGUCUGUGCUGUAUGUGAAGCCUGUUGACCCAGCCAUAUGGUGUGGAGCCCUGCGCAAGUGUGAAGACAGGAUCCUGCCCUGUCUCAGCAACCACCUGAUGGUGCUGGGGCUGCUGGUGUUUGAGGUGACGGUCUCUCGACACCAGCUCUACUACCGCCUUCACAACAACCUCAAGGUCCCCACCUUCAGCAUUAUCUUCCAGGGCAUCACACGCCAGCACCUGGACCAUGGCAUCCUGCCCUGCAUCAAGUACUUCGUCAACUACUUCUUCUACAAGUUUGGCCUGGAGGUGUGCUUUGUGGUGGCGGUGAAUGUGAUUGGCCAGCGGAUGGAUUUCUACUCGCUGCUGCACGCCUGUGCUCUGAUGGCCGUUCUGUCACGACGACGCAGGAAGGCCAUGGGGGAGGUGUGGCCUAAGUACUGCUGCUUCACUGCAGGACUCAUGGUGCUGCAGUACCUGCUCUGUAUCGGCAUCCCUCCCGCUCUCUGUGUCGAUUAUCCAUGGAGGACCUCCAGUCAGGCUUUGACCUCCAACCUCAUCAAGUGGCUUUACCUGCCUGACUUUGCCAUGCGUCCCUCCCCUUCCUUCAUCCUCUACGACCACCUCCUGCUGCUGUGCUCCACGCUGCAGUGGCAAGUGUUUGAGGAGGAGAACCGGGCUGCCGUGCGCCUCAUGGCAGGGGAGAACGUGGAGAUCAGCCGCAGCCUGGACCCGCGUUCCUUCAACCAGUACAUUCCCGUCAACAACUUCCUCCAAUGCAGGUCCUACCUGGACAUCGCCAAAGUGUUUGUGUUCAGCUACUUCUUCUGGCUAGUGCUGUGCCUCAUCUUCAUCACGGGCACCACCCGCAUCAACAUCUUCUGCCUAGGCUACCUGGUAGCCUGCUUCUACUUCAUGCUGUUUGGAGGAAGCCUGCUAAUGAAGCCCGUACGAUACAUCCUCAGGCUCUGGGACUGCCUCAUCGGAUACACUUGCUUCGUCAUUGGCAUGAAGAACCUGCUAUCGCUUGGCUCGUGUGCUUAUCUGGACAGUCUGUUGAAGAAUGGCUGCUGGCUCAUUCAGGCCUUCAGCAUGGUCUGUACAGUCAAAGGCUAUGAUGUCUCUGCUCCUGAUGAUGAGUGUGAGCUGCCGGAGGGGGAGGCGGGCAUUGUGUGGGAUGCGAUCUGCUUCACCGUGCUCUUGGCUCAGAGAAGGGUUUUCCUCAGCUACUACUUCCUGUAUGUGGUGUCUGACCUCAGGGCAUCCAAGAUCCUGGCCUCCAGGGGUGCUGAGCUCUUUGAAGCCAAGGUGAAGAAACUGGUUGCUGCCAGACUGGAGAUGGAGAGGAAGUCUGUGGCGACGCUGAAGAAGCAGAUGGAGAAGAUCAAAUCCAAACAUAAGAGUAAGCCUGGCCAGGGAGACGCAGCAACGCCCCCUGCUGAUAUAGUGCCAAAGGGUGAGAGUGAGAAGGCUGGGAACGAUCAGGGGAAAUGGUGGAAACCAUGGGUCUCUCGGCCUGGCGUUGAGAACAACUGUGGCUACCAUCUUUUUGAGAGUGACAGUGAAGAGGAAGAGGAUGAAGUCCAGGAAAAGAAAGAGGAAGAGGCUCCACUAAAGAAGAAAUCUUCUUUUCAGAUAGCCUAUGAGGCAUGGGCCACAAGCUCCAAAGCAGCCCUGGAUUUGCACAAAAAAGAAGAAAACAAGAUGAAAAAUGAGGAGAAGAGGAGGGCAAAGAGAGAGCUGCAAAGACAGCAAGGCAUUGAGAGAGCCGAGUCUCACGAGUUGGACGAGUUGGAGGUGGAAGAGAGCGAUGAAGAGGAGGAGAAAGAUAACCUAUUUCAGAGGAUCAUCUACUCACUCAAGUUUCUAUGGGUGUUUAUCCUGUCCCUUUUGGAUGACGUCACUGAGGGCCUUAACUCUUUCUGCAAAGAUAACCAGGACAUCACCAAAGUGCUGCGCUUUGAGAGGGCUCUUCUCGGUCAGCAACAGAAAAAGGGGAAAGAAGUGUCACAGGAGAGCGUGACGCGCUUCUAUGAGAACUGGAUGUCUAGGCAGAGCACUCUGGCCUCGCUGGAAGACCAAGAUGACAUAGUUCUCCCCAUCUCCUCCCCACCACCUGUACCCUCAUCACCGCGAGGUUACUCAAAGCUGAAACACACCCAUUCCAAAAUAUCCUGGGGUAGCAGCUUGUCCAGCUGCGUGACGGAUGAGACCCUGCUAGGGUCUCGACAGCCCACUCUGGAUGAGCUGGAUGACCCUCCUCUACUCCAGCCAACUGCCGAGCAACUCAGACGGAAACUACUGAAAACUGCCAACCUGGACCUUGGCUCAUUUGACAGUGAAGUCCCUCCACCAAGCCAUGAUGAUACUGUUCCUGAUAAGGAGGACCGUGAAGGAGAGGAUGCAUGUAAAAAGGAGGGGGAGUCUACAGCGGAGGAGGAGUAUAGAAUGGAGGAGGAGGAAUGGAGGGAGGAAGAAGAGGAAGAGAGGGAAAAAGCUGUGAUGUUUUCGGGAUUUAUCUCCCUGGACUAUCUGGAGUGUGAUGAGAAGUGCGGCGAUUUCCCAGACUCCCCCCGGCCUCUGAGUGAGACCAGGAACCUCACGGCUAGUGAGCUGCUGCUCAACAACAUGUUUGAUGACGAUGAAAUUGAAGAGUCUGAUAAGUUUUUCCAGUCUCUCCCGAGGCACCUGAGACUGGUGUUUGCCCUGUACAACACCAUGGUGUCAAAGUCAGAGAUGCUGUGCUACUUUGUGAUCAUCCUGAACCACAUGGUGUCUGCCUCCCUGCUCAGCCUGAUCCUGCCUAUCCUCAUCUUCCUCUGGGCCAUGCUGUCUGUACCUCGCCCAACCAAGCGCUUCUGGAUGACUGCCAUCAUCUACACAGAGCUGAUUGUGGUGGUCAAGUAUUUUUUCCAGUUUGGCUUUUUCCCCUGGACUACCUCGGUCUACCGAGGCAUCAAUGCAGACCGGCCCUUUGCUCUGCCCAACAUCAUUGGGGUAGAGAAGAAAUAUGGCUAUGUUUUCUUUGACUUGAUACAAAUGCUGGCUCUGUUCUUCCAUCGCUCCAUUCUGAAGUGCCACGGUCUUUGGGAUAACAAAGAGGUGGAGAUGCCAGACUUCUUCAAGAAGUUAAAGAAGAAGACGGAGAAGAUUAAGAUGAGUGGAGGAGAAAAAAAAGGGGACGAGCCGAAGCGAAGACUGCCCUGCCUCCCUCUCCAGGCCUCGACUGCGUCCUUGUUUUGCAGAUGUGGAAAAGCCAACUCCACUGAGACAAACGGUGAUAUGCGGCUCACGAAGCGCCACUCCAAGAAGAAGAGGCACCACAAUAAAGUUCCCCUGACCAGGAAGGAGAGCAUCAAAAAGCUGAUUAGAGAAAGGAUGCUGGAGGCUAAAGCUGCUAUCAUUGAAGUUGCCCUGCAUAUAUACCUACCCAUCAGGCAGUUCUUCUAUGACAUAAUUCACCCAGAGUGCAGCCCAGUGUGUGACGUCUACGCUCUUAUGUUUCUGAUUGACGUGGUCAACUUCAUUGUCAUCAUAUUUGGAUACUGGGCGUUUGGGAAACACAGUGCUGGUGCUGACAUCACAGAUGCUCUUGGGGAGGACCAGGUCCCAUCGGCCUUCCUGGUCAUGCUGCUCAUCCAGUUUGGCACCAUGAUAGUGGACCGCGCUCUGUACCUCCGCAAAACCCUAAUGGGAAAAUGUGUCUUCCAAGUGGUGCUGGUGUUUGGUAUCCACUUUUGGAUGUUUUUCAUACUCCCUGGGGUGACUGAGAGGAGGUUCAACAUGAACCAGGUGGCACAGUUGUGGUACUUUGUGAAGUGCAUCUACUUUGGCCUUUCCGCCUACCAGAUCAAGUGUGGCUACCCAAAUUGUGUGCUGGGAAACUUCCUGACCAAGAACUACAACUACCUCAACCUAUUCCUUUUUCAAGGGUUUCGCCUGGUUCCGUUCCUUAUAGAGCUGCGUGCCGUGAUGGACUGGGUCUGGACCGACACCACCCUCAGCCUGGGCAGCUGGAUCUGUGUCGAGGACAUUUAUGCCAACAUCUUCAUACUCAAGUGCUGGAGGGAGUCGGAGAAGAAAUACCCACACAUCCCAGGGCAGAAGAAGAAAAUGGUGGUGAAGUAUGGAAUGGGUGGCUUCAUCAUAUUCUUCCUCAUCAGUGUCAUCUGGUUCCCCCUCCUCUUCAUGUCAUUGGUCAAGUCAGUGGCUGGAGUGACCAAUCAGCCUCUAGAUGUCUCUAUUCAGCUCAGCAUAGCAGGAUAUGAGCCAAUGUUCACAAUGAGCGCCCAGGAGCAGAACCUGGUGCCAUACUCAGUUGCAGGCCUCAACCGGCUCAACAACCUCUAUGCCACUCACCCAUCAGCUAUGCAGUUCCUUGGGAACUACAUGGCUGAGGACAUUGUCAUUGCAAAGAUCAAGAGUGAUGCCAGUCUGCUGUGGAGCAUCAGCCCUGCCAGCCGUGACGCUAUGAUCCAUGAACUCAGCAACUCCACCCAUAUCUACAUCACCCUGCGAUGGGUACUCCUCAGGAAUGCGUCUCUGUCGAUGAACGUGGAGACCAUGGGGGAACACACUGUGAAGUAUGAGGACCGGACCCUGAGGGAUCAGAUAGUUCAGAUGCUCAAAGGGACACGCAGCGACUCUGUGAUCAUUGAGUCUCUCCUGCCCAAGUUCCUCAGAGGUUCCGGAGGACCUGUGUCCAAUAUGGCCACCCGCCUGAAAGUAGAACACUCGGAUCGCCCUGAGGACCUACAGACUUUUGCCUUCUUCUUGCCCCUGUCCAUCAAACUACAGCGCGCAGAAGACAAUGGAAGUGCAGAGGGGGGUCAGUGGUGGAUAGUGCAGGAAUGCACUCCUGGACAGGGGCACGUCCAGAGCAGCUGCCACAAGAUUGAGAUAGUGGUGUUCAACGACAAAGUCAGUCCCCCCAGCCUGGAUGCUCUUGCAGGACAGGGAAUCGUGGGCCUGUACAUGUCUGUGGUGCUGGUCGUCGGGAAGUUUGUCAGGGAGUUCUUCAAUGGGAUAUCCCGCUCAAUUAUGUUUGAGGAGCUGCCGUGUGUGGAUCGGGUGUUGAAGCUCUGCACGGACAUCUUUGUUGUGCGAGAGACUGGCGAGAUGGAGCUGGAGGAAACACUGUUUGAGAAGCUCAUCUUCCUGUAUCGUUCACCGGAGACCAUGAUCAAGAUUACCAGAGAGAAGAGCGACUAGAGAGCAUGAUGACAUUUGUUAUGAAGAGGACGAUUUGGCUUUUGGUUCUUAUCUAGGGUGUAUUCAUCAUGCCGAUUUUGCAACAGAAACCGUUCACUCAAGUUUUGU